UGCAAGCCCGCCUCCCUCCGUACUUGCAGCUUCCCGGGCUGGCAGGCGGUCAGUGGCGGCUGAGGAAGUUUUUAAAAUGAAGAAAUUUAAUUUCCGAAAAGUUUUGGAUGGCUUGACGGCGUCUUCCCCUGGCAGUGGUAGCAGCAACAGUGGUGGUGGGUCUGGAAGUGGUUCCCAGCAUCCUGGAGGAACUGCAGGGGUUCUAAGAGAGGAGAUUCAAGAAACCCUAACUUCAGACUAUUUCCAGAUUUGCAAGACAGUUCGGCAUGGUUUUCCUUAUCAGCCCACAGCAUUAGCCUUUGAUCCAGUUCAGAAAAUCUUGGCUAUUGGGACAAGAACAGGUGCUAUACGAAUAUUGGGGAGACCUGGUGUUGAUUGUUAUUGCCAACAUGAAAGUGGUGCAGCUGUCCUGCAGCUCCAGUUCUUGAUCAAUGAGGGUGCUUUGGUCAGUGCAAGUUCAGAUGACACACUUCAUUUGUGGAACCUGAGACAAAAAAGGCCAGCUAUUCUUCACUCUCUUAAAUUUAACCGAGAACGAAUUACUUACUGUCAUCUACCUUUCCAGAGUAAAUGGCUCUAUGUUGGAACAGAAAGAGGAAAUACACAUAUUGUAAAUAUUGAAUCUUUCAUUCUUUCUGGAUAUGUUAUCAUGUGGAACAAGGCAAUUGAACUAUCUACAAAGACUCAUCCAGGUCCAGUUGUACAUUUAAGUGAUAGCCCAAGAGAUGAAGGGAAACUGCUAAUAGGUUAUGAAAAUGGUACUGUAGUAUUCUGGGACUUGAAAUCUAAAAGAGCAGAGCUGAGAGUUUAUUAUGAUGAGGCUAUUCACUCAAUUGAUUGGCAUCAUGAGGGCAAACAGUUCAUGUGCAGCCAUUCAGAUGGCAGCUUGACUUUAUGGAACCUGAAAAACCCAAGUCGUCCUUUCCAGACCACAGUUCCACAUGGGAAAAUACAAAGAGAAGGAAAAAAGUCUGAACCCUGUAAACCAAUUCUCAAAGUAGAAUACAAGACCUGUAGAAACAGUGAACCAUUCAUAAUAUUUUCUGGUGGACUGUCUUAUGACAAAGCUUGCAGAAGACCAAGUUUAACCAUCAUGCAUGGAAAAGCAAUUACAGUACUUGAGAUGGAUCAUCCUAUUGUUGAAUUUCUUACUUUAUGUGAAACACCCUACCCAAAUGAAUUUCAAGAACCCUAUGCUGUUGUUGUACUUCUGGAGAAAGAUCUCAUUGUAGUCGAUCUGACUCAAAGCAAUUUUCCAAUCUUUGAAAAUCCAUAUCCCAUGGACAUUCAUGAAUCACCAGUUACGUGUACGGCCUACUUUGCUGAUUGCCCACCAGAUUUGAUUCUAGUACUCUAUUCUACAGGAGUCAAGCAUAAAAAACAAGGAUAUAGUAAUAAGGAGUGGCCUAUCAGUGGGGGAGCUUGGAACCUUGGGACACAGGCAUAUCCAGAAAUUAUUAUUACUGGUCAUGCAGAUGGAUCAAUAAAAUUUUGGGAUGCUUCUGCAAUAACUCUGCAGAUGUUGUACAAGCUAAAAACUUCAAAAGUAUUUGAAAAACAGAAGGUAGGAGAAGGAAAGCAAACAUGUGAAAUUGUAGAGGAAGAUCCAUAUGCCAUUCAGAUGAUUUAUUGGUGUCCAGAGAGCAGAAUAUUCUGUGUAUCAGGAGUAUCUGCAUAUGUGAUAAUUUACAAAUUCAGCAGACAUGAAAUUACAACAGAAAUAGUGUCAUUAGAAGUACGACUUCAGUAUGAUGUUGAAGAUAUUAUUACUCCAGAACCAGAAACAAGCCCACCGUUUCCAGAUCUUUCAUCCCAGCUGCCUUCUUCAAGGAGCCUUUCUGGCAGUACCAACACUGUAGCUAGUGAAGGAAUAACAAAGGACAGUAUUCCUUGCCUCAAUGUGAAAACAAGACCAGUGCGAAUGCCUCCAGGCUAUCAGGCAGAACUUGUGAUUCAACUAGUGUGGGUGGAUGGUGAACCUCCCCAACAGAUUACUAGUCUUGCUGUGAGCUCAGCAUAUGGAAUAGUUGCAUUUGGGAACUGCAAUGGUUUAGCUGUGGUAGAUUUUAUACAGAAGACAGUACUCUUAAGCAUGGGUACCAUUGACCUAUACAGAUCAAGCGAUCUUUACCAACGACAACCUCGGUCUCCUCGAAAAAACAAGCAGUUCAUUCCAGACAACUUUUGCAUGCGUGGCCUGUCUAACUUUUAUCCUGAUUUAACGAAACGGAUCCGUACUUCCUAUCAGAGCUUAACUGAGCUGAACGACAGUCCAGUUCCCCUGGAACUUGAGCGCUGCAAGUCUCCCACUUCAGAUCAUGUAAAUGGACACUGUACAAGUCCAACUUCUCAGAGUUGCAGUUCUGGGAAACGUCUUUCUAGUGCUGAUGUUUCAAAGGUAAAUCGCUGGGGUCCUGGAAGACCACCCUUUCGAAAAGCACAGUCAGCGGCUUGCAUGGAAAUUUCACUCCCAGUUACAACGGAAGAAAGCCGAGAAAAUUCCUACAAUCGUUCUAGAAGUUCCAGCAUCUCCAGUAUUGACAAAGAUUCUAAAGAAGCAAUUACAGCACUAUACUUCAUGGAGUCCUUUUCUCGAAAAAAUGAUCCCACCAUCUCCCCGUGUUUGUUUGUUGGAACUAGUCUGGGAAUGGUGUUAAUCCUCUCCCUCAAUCUACCUUCAGCAGAUGAACAGAGAUUUACAGAGCCAGUCAUGGUAUUGCCAAGCGGUACAUUCCUCUCACUGAAAGGAGCUGUGCUAACUUUUUCCUGUAUGGACCGAACUGGUGGAUUAAUGCAACCGCCAUAUGAAGUUUGGAAGGAUCCAAACAACCUAGAUGAAAAUGAAAAAUCCUGGAAACGGAAACUGGUCAUGAACUGCCCCUCUCCAUCCCAAGAAGCAGGAGAUCAUCAGUAUACAAUAAUUUGCUCAGAAAAACAAGCCAAAGUCUUCUCACUGCCUUCUCAGACUUGCCUUUAUGUUCAUAACAUCACCGAGACAUCUUUUAUACUGCAAGCAGAUGUGGUGGUCAUGUGUAACAGCGCCUGCUUGGCAUGCUUUUGUGCCAAUGGGCACAUCAUGAUAAUGAGCCUUCCUAGUCUCCGCCCAAUGUUGGAUGUUAAUUAUUUGCCACUGACAGACAUGAGGAUAGCACGGACAUUUUGCUUUACCAACGAAGGACAGGCAUUAUACCUCGUCUCUCCUACUGAAAUUCAGCGGUUAACAUAUAGCCAAGAGAUGUGUGACAAUCUACAGGACAUGCUAGGAGAUUUGUUUACUCCCAUAGAGACACCAGAAGCUCAAAAUAGGGGCUUUCUCAAGGGACUGUUUGGUGGAAGUGGACAAACAUUUGACAGAGAAGAGCUCUUUGGCGAAGCUUCGGCAGGAAAAGCGUCCCGCAGCCUUGCACAGCACAUUCCGGGACCUGGUGGCAUAGAAGGGGUGAAAGGCGCUGCUGGCGGGGUCAUGGGAGAGCUGACCAGGGCGCGGAUUGCACUAGAUGAGAGAGGCCAGAGGCUGGGAGAGCUGGAAGAGAAAACUGCAGGCAUGAUGACCAGCGCAGAAGCAUUCUCCAAACACGCACAUGAGUUAAUGCUGAAAUAUAAGGAUAAGAAAUGGUACCAAUUCUAAGCCUGUAAAGAAGCUGUGACUGCUUUAUGAAAACAUUAUUCAGGGAAACCAAAUUUAUUCCCAGCAUCACUUUUCAACUGUUAGAAGCCAGUUUCUUCUACAAAAUGUUCCAUUACAGUUCAUCUGAAGAUAUCAAAAGGGAGAUUUAUCAGAGACACUGUAUAACCCAAAGGCUGGGACCCUCGUUAAAAUCCCAUGAUGUGGUGGAAUUUGCUUCUUCCUGUGUGGAAGGGAGCUCUCAUCUUGGCAUGUCAAUUGCUAAGGAUUUAUGUUUAGGAACUACGGGAGUCCUUCUGAUUUGAAAAAAUCCUGUAAAAACAAAAGCAUUAAUGCACAUAAUGAAAAAAAAAACCUUUGCAUGAUAAAUUAACAUCUU